UCCGCCCUCUUUCGAUGCAUUCGAGAAAAUCAUAACAUAAUAACAACAACAGAUCAACUCUCUCAUUCAUUCACUAACAGACUCCCAUUUCUCUUCGCUCUCCAAUACACUAAACCCAUAUAACAAUACACACACUGAAGAAGUAGAAGAAGAAAUAAGAAGAAAUAGUUACCAAACUCUGAAUCCUCAAAUGGCUCAUCUUCUCAACACUUCCUUCAUUCCCUCUUCUUCUCCGUCUCUUCGCCCUCGAAACCCAACAAUUCUCAUCCAAACCCGCAGAGCCCCCACCCGAAUUGUCGCCAAGAUCCGAGAGAUCUUCAUGCCUGCGUUGAGCUCCACCAUGACUGAGGGAAAGAUCGUCUCCUGGAUGAAGUCUGAAGGCGACAAGCUCUCCAAGGGCGAGAGCGUCGUCGUUGUCGAGUCCGAUAAAGCUGACAUGGACGUCGAGACCUUCUACGACGGUUACUUGGCCGCCAUUAUGGUCGACGAAGGCGGCGUUGCCCCCGUUGGUUCCGCCAUCGCCUUGCUCGCCGAGUCCGAAGCCGAAAUCGCCGACGCCAAGUCAAAAGCAGCAUCAACAUCCCCAUCAUCAUCAUCAUCGUCGUCGUCGUCGUCUGAGACAACCAAUUCGGCGGCGGAAACUGUGGGUCCCACAGUGGUAGCGGCGGCGGCGGUGGCUCCUCCGCAGGUGAAGGAGGCGGCGUCGUUGUCGUUGUCGUUGUCCACGCACCCGGCUUCGGAGGGAGGGAAGAGGGUGGUGGCGUCGCCGUAUGCGAAGAAGCUGGCGAAGGAGUUGAAGGUGGAGUUGGGGAGAGUGGUGGGGAGUGGGCCAUCGGGGAGAGUUGUGGCCAAAGAUGUUGAAGCCGCGGCGGCGGCUGCUGCUGUUUCUGUGGGUCCCACUGCAGCAGAGGCAGCGUCCGUGGCGGCGAAGAGCGUGGGGAUUGAGUUGGGGACGGUGGUGCCUUUUACAACAAUGCAGGGUGCGGUGAGUAGGAACAUGGUCGAGAGUUUGGCAGUGCCCACUUUCAGAGUGGGAUACACUUUCACCACUGAUGCUCUUGAUGCUCUCUACAAGAAGAUCAAGUCAAAGGGAGUAACAAUGACAGCGUUGCUUGCAAAAGCAACAGCGCUUGCUUUGGCUAAACAUCCUGUUGUGAAUUCUAGUUGUAGAGAUGGUAAGAGCUUUACAUAUAACAGUAGCAUCAACAUCGCAGUUGCUGUAGCUAUGGAUGGUGGGUUAAUUACACCAGUGCUUCAGGAUGCUGAUAAGGUCGACAUAUAUUCAUUGUCAAGAAAGUGGAAGGAAUUAGUUGAUAAGGCCCGGGCCAAGCAGCUACAGCCUCAGGAAUAUAAUACAGGUACUUUUACUCUUUCUAACCUUGGGAUGUUUGGUGUUGAUCGGUUUGAUGCCAUUCUACCUCCUGGAACUGGAGCAAUAAUGGCUGUUGGAGCAUCUCAGCCAACAGUUGUUGCUACCAAGGAUGGUAGGAUUGGCAUGAAGAACCAAAUGCAGGUAAAUGUUACGGCAGAUCAUCGUGUAAUCUACGGUGCUGAUCUGGCUUCAUUCUUGCAAACUUUGGCAAACAUUAUAGAGGAACCCAAAGAUCUUACCUUUUAGUUUCACAUUCAUUGUCAAAUGGCCUUCCAAGCGUCUAAUUAUUAUUCUCCUAGUAUACACCAAAGGCUUGUUGUGGUUGCAUAGGCUCAUUGAGAGAAAUUUAGAAGCUAAUCGCUCUGUUCAAAAACUGGAGCAGAAUUUUGAAGAGCAAGGUUUAUUUGAGUUCUAGGUUCUCUAAUAUAAUUUAUCUGGUUUUUCAAACAUUUUCAGUUUUGUCUUUCAUGUUGUCAUAAAUGCUGGUUGCUUAUUGUUGUCCUAUUUAGUAAAUUGCACUCUUCAUUGUUAUGUUGUGAUCAGAUAUUCUUCAUUAGUCUGCCGAAGCAUAUAUACCUUGUGAUAGUAUGCUGAAGCCUGUACCUCUUUAGAGAUUUAAGCUGUAAUGUUCUUCAAGUUGAAUAAAUAGAUUGAGCAGAAAUCAUCCAUAA